AUGACGAAAAGCAUUUUGAUUGUGUUUUUUAUGAUGAUGCUUGUGAUGUUGUCACAGCUAUGUUUUAUUGAUGGUAGAGAUCUUCGAGCCAAGGAUUUUAGAAAAGAUGAGGUAACUUCUUCUGUUUCUUCUAACAAGCCUGACGACGGUGUUUCAAAUGAUAAUGUUGGUUUCAUACUUGGUUCUGGACCAAGCGAUGGAGGUGAAGGACAUUCAAUUGGCAAUGUACUUGGUUCUGGACCAAGCGAUGGAGGCGAAGGACAUUCAAUUGGCAAUGUACUUGGUUCUGGACCAAGCGAUGGAGGCGAAGGACAUUCAAAUGCCAAUAUACUUGGUUCUGGACCAAGCGAUGGAGGUGAAGGACAUUCAAUUGACAAUGUACUUGGUUCUGGACCAAGCGAUAGAGGCGAAGGACAUUCAAAUGCCAAUAUACUUGGUUCUGGACCAAGCGAUGGAGGUGAAGGGCAUUCAAUUAACAAUGAACUUGGUUCUGGACCAAGCGAUGGAGGCGAAGGACAUUCAGUUGAUAAUGUACUUGGUUCUGGACUAAGCGAUGGAGACGAAGGACAUUCAAAUGCCAAUAUACUUGGUUCUGGACCAAGUGAUGGAGGUGAAGGACAUUCAAUUGACAAUGAACUUGGUUCUGGACCAAGCGAUGGAGGCGAAGGACAUUCAGUUGGUAGUGUACUUGGUUCUGGACCAAGCGAUGGAGGCGAAGGACAUUCAAAUACCAAUAUACUUGGUUCUGGACCAAGUGAUGGAGGUGAAGGACAUUCAAUUGACAAUGAACUUGGUUCUGGACCAAGCGAUGGAGGCGAAGGACAUUCAAAUGACAAUGUACUUGGUUCUGGUCCAAGCGAUAAAGGCGUAGGACAUUAA